AUCCUUCUGUGGUAGUACCACUUCUUCUCUUGUCACUCCCAGCUGCUGCCUUCCUGUCAGUCCUUGGCUCCAGCUAAAAAUUCUCAGCUCCUCCCUCCUCCAUCCAACCUCCGGCACCACCACCUCCCACAUGAUUGCAUCCUCCUUCCCUGGAACAAUUCAGCUGUCCUCUCACCACCACGCCAACCUGACACCUUCCUGUGAGUUAGUUGCUCCCCCACCGCACCGCACGGCACCGGAGGAGAUUAUUUGCUCUGCUCACCUUCUUCUUGCUUCCGCAGGAAGAUCCAUUUGGCGGUGACUUCCGCAGUAAAGUUGCCUCUCUUUUGUGUUCUCGUCGCGGCAUCCCCGUGGGACAGAUCUGGGAGGGCAGUUUGAGCCGCAGAUCUGAACGGUGACCGUUUUUCUUGGCCGAGGAUUUUGGGGCCAUGGGCAAGAAGGGGAAGUGGUUUGGCGCCGUCAAGAAGGUGUUCAGCCCUGUUUCCAAGGAGAAGAAGGAGGAGAAACUCAGGAGGAAAUUUGCUGCAAGCGACUCGAAUCCACCAGAUCUAACACCUUCAACUUCCUUGGAAGUCAAUGUCUCGGCACUGCCUCCUCCUCCUCCUGCUGUUCCAUCUUCUCACCAAACUGAGGAGGUUAAUGUCCCUGAAGCUGAGCAGGAGCAGGAGCAGAGCAAGCAUGUUACUGUGGAGGCAGCCCCUGCUGCCCCCGCACAGUCAUCAUCGGUAUUGCCACCUGGGGAUGAGCUCGCCGCAAUCAAGAUCCAGACCGCCUUCCGUGGUUACCUGGCAAGGAGGGCAUUACGAGCCUUGCGAGGCCUUGUUAGAUUGAAGUCAUUGGUCGAGGGAAAUUCUGUUAAACGCCAAGCUGCAAGCACUCUGCGGUGUAUGCAAACUCUGGCGCGGGUGCAGUCACAGAUACGUUCAAGAAGGCUGAAGAUGUCAGAGGAGAACCAGGCACUCCAGCGCCAGCUCCUGCUGAAACAGGAAUUGGACAGUUUGAGGAUGGGGGAGCACUGGGAUGACAGCACUCAAUCCAAGGAGAAGAUUGAGGCAAGUCUGGUAAGCAGGCAAGAGGCUGCAAUCAGAAGAGAGAGAGCGCUCGCAUAUGCAUUUUCCCAUCAGUGGAAGAGCAGUUCAAGGUCCUCCAACCCAAUGUUUGUAGACCCAAACAACCCACACUGGGGCUGGAGCUGGUUGGAGCGCUGGAUGGCAGCAAAGCCUUGGGAGGGUCGCACUGGGAAUGACAAGGAAAGCAACAUUGACCGCGGAUCAGUGAAGAGCAUAAGUUUGAACCUUGGAGAAGGUGAGAUCACAAAAGCCUUCAAUCGCCGAGGCUCCUCCAAGCCAGACAAGUCAUCACCGACGACUCCAAAGCUGACUCGCCCAACCUCCCGGCUAUCCCCUUCAACACCCUCUGCCAAAGUGACACCAAUAAUCGUGAAGAAGAAAUCUGCCACACCAAAGAAUGGGCUUUCGCAGGUGGACGACGACGCGAGGAGUGUGCUCAGCGUGCAGUCCGAGCGACCAAGGAGGCACAGCAUAGCCACCUCUACAGUGCGGGACGAUGAGAGCCUUGUAAGCUCCCCAUCAGUCCCGAGCUACAUGGCUGCCACACAAUCUGCAAGGGCCAAGUCCCGCCUCCAGGGCUCACCGCUGACUGAAAGUGCAGAGAUCCCGGAGAAAGUAGUGUCUGUUGGGUCGGCCAAGAAGAGGCUGUCAUUCCCAGCCGGAAGUGCGUCUCCUGCGCCAACGAGGCGGCACUCCGGCCCUCCAAAGGUGGAGAACCUGGUGAAGGACAUCGCCGAGACACCACAGCCAGUGGCCUUGGCGGUCAACGGCGGCAACAAGUGAUUCAUACAACAAGUGGCAAUCCGUUAUCCUCUGAUAGUGGAACCCGGUCGAAAGAUCGUAAGGAAAAAAAAUACAACAACUGGCAAGAGGAGCCAUGGAUUAUGCAGAUAUACAUAUUUCAUCCAUGAACAAAGUUUGGAGUUACAUCAGAUGUAUGGAUUAUUGGCAUUUAUUAUUAUUUUGUCUUCAUCCAGUUAUGUCUACAUUGUUUGCUGUAGGAGAAGAUUCUCAGGGCCGUUUGUCGGUUCAUUUCAUUUAUGACUCAGUGUAAAAGCAGUUUCAGUUUGUCACCGGGACCUUUGGUGCUUGUAUGUAAACAGGUCUUCUAUUUAUGCGAGCAAUAUAUUUCUUCCAUGUCUUCUGAAA